UAGCUCUCAUAUUCAUUUUCCGCAGUAUUUCUUUAUACCAACCGACAGUUAAGACAAUAAUUGAAAUGACGCUAACUAGUGUGGGAAUAUUGUGUUUGACAUUUGCAGUGUUUUGUACACAAUGUCGUGCUUAUGUGAAUCUGGCUUUGAAUAAACCAACAUGGCAAGCAAAUCAGUAUUGGCCAGGAAACCAAUUAUACCACUCCAGCAACGCCGUCGACGGAUUGAAAUCUAACCUCCACGGAAAGGGAGGACAAUGCGCUAUAUCACGGCGACAAGACGGUCCUUCCACUUUUUGGGUGAACCUUACAUCAAUCUAUAGCAUUCAUGACAUAAGGAUUUAUCUAAGAAAUGAUAAUAACAAGUUGGAUACACCUGAUAAGUUAGCCCACAGAAGUCUGGGGUUUUAUAUCUAUGUAUCAAAUACAACCAAUCGAUCUGAUAGCUACAUUUGCUUUCAUGACACGAAUUUCACUAAAUCUACGCUACCAACUGUUUUCGAUAUAUCUUGUCUAAUCCAUGGGCAAUACGUCAUCUUCUAUAAUGAGAGGCUUCCAGGAGUUAAAUAUCCUGAGGAUUAUUCCAGUAAGGCUGUCACUGAUCUCUGUGAAAUUGAGGUUUAUGGUUGCAAGUCGGGAUAUUAUGGAUUUAAUUGCUCUCUCUCCUGUCCUUACAAUUGUAGUUAUUGUAAUAUAGAGUCAGGAGCAUGUCUGCAAAAUAUACCCGGAUACGAGGGACCUCAGUAUAAAUUCAUUAACACUCACGAAGAACCAGAUUGGCAGCUCAGAUUUUAUGUGGCGAUUGGGACUUUCUUAGCAACAGUUACUGUGACCGCAGUCUUACUCGCUUUAUUCUGUCUAAAGCGAAAGAAAAUAAAUGUGUCAAAACAGAACAGAACAGAGGUACCUGAUGCCGUACCGAAUAAAGGAAAUGAAGGAUAUUUACUUGUUGACUAUCAGGAGUAGAAGCUAUAUGAGGGAAUCCUCCUUGUUGACUCACUCAAACAGCAGAGGGAUGAAGGACUAGAUUCAACAAAUAAACAUUAAAUGGAAUGUGUUAUGCGGCUGUUCUUUAAAGCGUAUUAUUAUUGAUUACUGGACUGAUGUUUGAAAAAACGAAUCGAGUAUUUCUGGGAAAAUUCUUCAUUUUUCACACUUUGGCUAUUUUUUUCCUUUUCACACAAAACAUUACAAGCAACGAAACUCUUUAACUAAUGAACU